GUUCUGUCAUGGGACAGGCAUUAACAGACCUGAAAAAACCCAUUACAGACAUAAAGAGAGUGUCGUAACUAGUGUGAAAACUUUCACUAUCACAGAAACAGAAUGUCUGGUGCGAACAGUGACCUUCUACAUAGAUCAACCUUGAGUGUUUAUAAUAACCUCAUGGAUCAGUUUAAUCCUGGCUUGCAAAAGCUGGUUACUUUAGGAAACAGCUACAUCAAGGCUUUUGAAGGUGACGUGUUGAUUCAGAUAUCAGAGACCCAGCGGAAGCUCACUGUUGAAGUGGAGGGUGUGUUCCGCUGGUUUCACAUAGAGGUUCUGCAGGCCAUGGACAAGAACGUGAAGCUGGAUGAGGAAUACAUUGAAGGCAGCCGUAGAAUUUAUGAAUUGGAAGUGAGAAAUCAGGCUGCAACACUGGAGCGACAGCUGAGACGUGGUGUGUUCAGAGACUCACUGGAGGGCAGUGAGUACAUGCAGUACCUGAGGCAGAGCCAGCAUGAAAUUCUCAAAGAGGAAGAAAGGAGAUAUCGUUUCCUGGCUGAAAAACAUUGUGGACUUACACAAUCACUACUAUACCUUAUCAACAAGACGGGAGUAUCUCUCCAGCAGAGAGCAGAUGGUUGGAAAGAAAAAGUCAGUGAGAGCAGAAGUUCCAGACCUCGAACACCCACUCCAUCAGAUCAAGAAGCUCAGGUGACACUGGAAUGAUGGGAAUGAAGAGUAACUGCUCAUCUAUCCAUAUUCCCUCACUUUUCCGUGCUGUUUUAGGCUAACUGCGAGCCCAGACAUUUCCACAAUUACAUAAUGGAACAGAUGGAUAGCUUUGUGUCCAAAAUUAACUUUUUAUCACAUCU